AUGUCUGUAAACAAGAAUAUUGUUCCUAAAAGCAACAUCAGUACUACUAGUGUAUUUGCUAUACAAGCUUCUGCUCCUCUCCAUGCAUCAUGGUCUAAACCAGAUGGAGAUGGACGCAAAAACUUGGAAAAGUAUCUUGGUGGAACUAUCAAUGGAAGAAUCUUCAAAGCAACUAAGUCUGGGGUCAUCAACCAGUGUAGCCAGUACUUCCUUGAACAAGGAGUUAUAAGAACAAAUAGUCAGAUCAAGACUUGUGUUAUUUUUGAUCUGGGUUGUUCUUCCAAUGCUAUAACACAGCCAAAGUUGGUCAAACCCAUUGGGAAUUGUAAACAAAGAUAA